AUGUUGAUUGUUCUAGACAACUAUAUCAACGCAAAUAAAAAUCCAAGCCUACUUCGAUUACACGAAGACUUUGAUUUCUCGUGCGUUGCUGAAGGCUGUAGGGGUGUCGUCCCCUCACCUUCGCACCACCUUCAACAAGGGCUGCGGCCGUCGAGCAUCGUACAUCAGCACCAUCAACAAGCUUUUCUGAGUGACCAGCUCAAGGGCCGAGAACUUGGCCCAUCUAUUGAUUGGAGCUCGCUGAACCAAGUCAUUGAGCCCGCGCGGUGUUUGGAUCGACAAGUCCGGCGGCAGAGUAUAGGCCGCAGCAAAGCGUGCGAGAAACCAUGA